AUGUCACCCGCUCAGCACGCAGAGGUCGCGGACCGUCCUUGGUUCGAGACGUACGGCCGCGACGAGCCAUCCAGCUGGCCGACCAAGCCAGAGCAAGUCGCAACGGCAAGGGAGCUUGUCCGCCUAUGCCAAUGCCAAAUAUGCUCGCUGCUGCUCAAAGACGCCGUCACACUGCCUUGCGGACGCAGCCUGUGUCGACGAUGCCUACCACCGACCCACGAACGAGCCAACAUAUCAUACCCAGCCGGACCUGAGCGACUGCUAGGCGUACAAUGUCCGUUCCCCGACUGCGGGAAGGAUCAUGCGGUGGGCGACUGCGGAGGCGAUGUCAUUCUCAACAAGGCUUUGCACCACCUCGAAGACAACCUCGUCAAAUGGAGGAAAAAGAAGGCCCAUUCGUCUACGACAACCGUGAUCGCAGUAGACGAGCAGGAAGAUGGCAGUGCUGACGAGCUGGGGGAGAAGCGCGCCGAGCUAGUACAUCGACGCUUGCCGGGCGGCCGGCUGACAACGACGUGGGCCUUGAUGGAGCAGGGACAGUUGCGCUACGACGCCGAAGUCGCCUACGAUACCGAGUCCAGUUCCACAAACGACGAGUACGCCGAUUUCGAGGUCACUUCACUCCACGCGACUCAAGAGGAGGCCCGCAGCGAGAUGGACUGUCACGUUUGCUUUGCCUUGUUCUGGGAACCAUUGACAACAGCCUGCGGACACACGUUUUGCAGGUCAUGCCUGCAACGAACUCUUGACCAUUCGCAGUAUUGCCCGAUCUGUCGACGGCAGUUGGCCAUCAACCCACUGCUCAACCAAGUUGUGUGCCCCUCGAAUAGUCGCCUGUCGGCUUUCAUCAACAUCUUUUGGAAGGACGAGCUCAAGACACGCGGAGAAAUGUACAGAUCAGAACAGCUGGGCCAGCACGGCGACUUUGACAUUCCUCUCUUCGUCUGCACCCUGGCGUUCCCAAGGAUGCCCACGUUCCUGCACAUCUUCGAGCCUCGGUACAGGCUCAUGAUUCGGAGAGCAUUGGAAGGCGAUAAAACGUUUGGCAUGGUACUGCCCCGAAGGGCUCGGGACUCGUCUGAACCGUAUUUCCACGAAUUGGGGACACUCUUGCGCAUCACCAAUGCACACUUCUAUCCAGACGGCCGCAGUUUGAUCGAGACUAUCGGCAUCUCGCGCUUCAGGGUGACUCGCCACGGUAUGACGGAUGGGUAUGCUGUCGGUAACAUUGAGCGCAUCGACGACAUCAGCCUGGAAGAAGAGGAAGCGUCGGAGGCACAAGAGAUCUCUCCAGCAUCGUCCGAGCGCGGGUCGACCGGUUCGCCAACAUCGAUCGACCGCAAGAGCCGCAUUUCAGAUACGCCGCGAGCCCCAGAUUUGGAUGGCAUGUCCACAGCCGCGCUUAUGGAAUUCGCGCUCGCGUUUGUGGCCAGGAUGAGGGCGCAGAGUGUCCCGUGGCUGACCGCCAGAAUGACCUCGAUAUACGGGGAGUGUCCGGGCGACCCGGGCUUGUUUCCUUGGUGGUUGGCCAGCAUUCUUCCAGUACGCGACAUUGAGAAGUAUCGGCUGCUGGGCACCUCGAGCGUCAGGGACCGACUGAAGAUCUGUUGCUCCUGGAUUGUUGAGUGGGAGACAAGUGCAUGGUAA